AUGAACAGAUUAGAAGAAGCUUUGGAAAACUAUGAUUAAGCUAUUUAAAAAAAUCCAGAAGAGUCGAAUUAUUAUAAUGGCAAAGGUAUUUUAAAAAUAGAAAAAAUUAUAGCUGAUACAUUAGAUAAAAUGAACAGAUUUGAAGAAGCUUUGGAAAAUUAUGAGUCAGCAAUAUAAAUAAAUCCAGAAGAUUCAAGAUAUUACCAUAAUAAAGGUUUAAUUAAAUAUGGAUGCCAUUUUAGCGAAUACUCUAAAAAGAAUGAACAGAUUAGAAGAAGCUUUGGAAAACUAUGAUUAAGCUAUUUAAAAAAAUCCAGAAGAGUCGAACUAUUAUAAUGGCAAAGGUAUGUUAAAAAUAGAAAAAUUAUAGCUGAUACAUUAGAUAAAAUGAACAGAGUUGAAGACGCUUUGGAAAAUUAUGAUUCAACUUCUUAAAAAAAUCCAGAAGAUUCAAGAUAUUACUAUAAUAAAGGUUUACUUAAAUAUGGAUGAC